GCUGGGGCUGGUGUGCUGGACUCGACGCUGAAGCUGCUCAGAUUCCCUUUUUGGUUUCAUCGCUGCCAUUUGGAAGAUUUGGGGUGAUUAUUGCUUUUUAAAUGUAUUUUCUCGAGGCUCGCCGGGGUUGUUAAACCACCCAGAGCGGGACAAGCAGACCACAAAGGCAGCUGGACACGGAGCCUGAACUUUUAAAUCCAAGAGCUGUGAAAUAACUAAUCCUGGAGCGAGGAAAAAUGGAUUUGCUCAGGUUUAGGGGGCCAAAAUGAUCAAUCAGCCCACAAAGGACUCCUUCCAUCACUAAUGUGCUUUUGCUGGGAAUAAUAUAUGUAAGAAAAAUGGAGUUUUUAACCUUUUCUCCAGAGAACCACUGCAUUUCAGAAUCACUCGACGGCAGCGACGGGGAUGAAGAGGAAAUACUUGUCUGUGGAGAAGAUUUAGAGCUUAAUCCUUUUGAUGGCUUGCCUUACUCCUCCCGUUAUUACAGGCUGAUGAAAGAGAGAGAAGAGCUUCCAAUAUGGAAAGAAAAAUGUACUUUCAUGGAAAGUUUGCUUCAUAAUCAAAUUGUGAUUGUGUCAGGAGAUGCAAAGACUGGCAAGAGCUCCCAGGUGCCGCAGUGGUGUGCCGAGCACUGCCUGGCCCUGCGGCCCCGCGGGGCCGUGGUGUGCACGCAGGUGCUCCGCCAGGCCGCCGUGGCGCUGGCCCUGCGCGUGGCCGACCAGAUGGACGUCAACCUGGGCCACGAGGUCGGCUACUCCGUGCCCUUCGAGAGCUGCUGCACGCCCGAAACCAUCCUGAGGUACUGCACAGAUGAGGUGCUCCAGAGGGAGAUGAUGUCCACGCCCCUCCUGAACUGCUACAGCGUCAUUGUCUUGGACGACGUGCACGAAAGGACCGUGGCCACAGACGCCCUGCUUGGCCUCCUGAGAGCUGUCCUGGCAGCCAGAGCGGAGCUGAGGCUGGUGCUGCUCACUGCCCCCCACGCCUGCAGCACCCUGCAGCGGUUCUGCGGCGGCGUGCCCGUGAUCCGAGCGCGGGGCACGCACCGCGCCCAGGCCGUCUUCUCCUGCAGCGCCCACAGGGAGCCCUUCCUGUCUGCCCUGAGGCUGCUCCUGGAGAUCCACCACGCCAGGGAGAAGGGGGACAUCGUCAUCUUCCUGGCGUGUGAGCAGGAAAUUGAAAAAGCUUAUCAGAUGAUCAGGCAGGAACAAUCCAAUUUAAACCCUGACCUUGGAAAACUCAUCCCCAUUCCUUUAUACCCCACCAAACAAGACCCGACUCCCAAACUAACCCAAGACAAGCAGAAACAUGGCAAAAAAUACAGGAGGAAAGUGCUGCUCACCACCAGCUCUGGAGAAUCUCUGAUCUGGACUAAAAACCUGACUUUUGUCAUCGAUGUCGGUGUGGAGACAAGAAAGGUGUACAAUCCUAGAAUCAGAGCAGACUCUGUUCUAACCCAGCCUAUCAGCCAAAGUCAAGCAGAGGUGCAUAAACAAAUUCUGGGCAUGUCUCCAUCAGGGAAAAUCUUCUGCUUGUAUCCUGAAGAAUUUACGCACAGGGAAAUGAAGGCAGAAAUCCCAGCUAAAGUUCAGGAAUCCAACCUCACCAGCUUGGUCCUGUUCCUGAAGAGGAUGGACAUCGCAGGUUUUUCACACUGUGACUUCAUCAGCAGCCCAGCUCCUGAAAGCCUGAUGCAGGCUUUGGAAGAUCUGGAUUAUCUGGCAGCGCUGGAUAACGACGGAAACCUCUCUGAAUUUGGGAUUAUCAUGUCAGAAUUCCCCCUGGAUCCUCAGCUGUCCAAGUCACUGCUGGCUUCGUGUGAAUUUGAGUGUGUGGAUGAGAUGCUCACCAUUGCAGCCAUGGUCACAGCUCCCAGCUGCUUCCUGCACGCCGCUCCUGGCACCGAGGACAUCGCUCGGACGCGCUGGCACCGCUUCUCCCACCCGGCAGGAGAUCACUUCACCCUCAUCAACGUCUUCAACGCCUUCAAGGCAGCCCCUGCCAGCCCCACACAGCCAGACUUCAGCAGUGAGAACUGGUGCCGUGAUAAUUUCCUGAGCUGCUCUGCUCUGAGCAUGGCAGAGGUGAUCAGAGCCGAGCUGGUGGAGAUCAUGAAGCGCAUUGAACUUCCCAUUUCACGAGCAGACUUUGGAUCAGAAGAAAAUCUACUGAGCAUUAAGAAAGCUCUUUUAUCUGGUUACUUCAUGCAUAUUGCUCGUGAUGUGGAUGGCUCAGGGAACUACUUAAUGCUGACACACAAACAAGUGGCCCAGCUCCAUCCCUUCUCAUCCUAUUACAACACCAGGAGGAUUCCAGAGUGGGUUUUAUUCCACGAGUUCAGCAUCUCAGAGGGCAAUUCCAUCCGAGUUGUCUCCGAGAUCUCCCCCCAUCUAUUUGCAGAGCUGGUUCCUCAGUAUUAUUUCAGCAAUCUUCCUCCAAGUGAAAGCAAGGAUAUUCUGCAGGAAGUGAUCAAUCACUUGGCACCUGUUUCAGCCACAAAGGAGGAACAGAAAACUGCCAAUGACAGCAAAGAAAAUGAGGAAUUUCCCCAAACUCCCACUGAGCAGAGAUGUGUUAUUCAGUGAAUUCAGACUGAACCAUCACCUAUUGGACAACAAUAAAUAAAAGCAAUAUAUCCAAAACACAUCCCCCCGCCCCAACCCAUGUAAUUAUUUCAAACUUUUGACAUAAAUGUAUUUAACAGAAGGAACAAAUAAAAAGCACUUUU